UUCAAAUUUGGAACACAAAUGUUAGUGAGAACAGUGUGAGCUUGGCAAAGAGGCGGAACAGUGGCCGGGGCGUCGUGUCGAGUGGUGAACCCACAGCCGUCAAGAUAGCCACAGACUCGAAGCUACAGUUGUGCGGCUGGAGUGGGCAGGCUGGCUACGCUCUGGACGGAUGCGUGGACACGGGCCUGCUCCGGCCGCCGCCGCAGCCACACUCCAGCCAGCUGGGCACGGUGUACGCGACCAAGAGGCGCCGCCGGAAUGGAAAAAGCAUCAAACCACCGUCAAAGGACGGCGUCACAAAGAGCAACCCCAGCAAACGUCACCGCGAGAGGCUCAACGCUGAACUGGACACCCUCGCAUCCCUGCUACCCUUCGAGCAGAACAUCCUCAGCAAACUGGACAGACUAUCCAUUUUGCGAUUGUCUGUCAGUUACUUGCGAACGAAGAGUUACUUCCAAGUGGUCAUGCACAAAGAGAAGGAAGACCUCCAUGGUCACAGGCGGGAGCAUUCACCUUAUGACCACGCCAUGCCUGAUGGGGAGAUGUUCCUACAGGCACUCAACGGCUUCCUGAUGAUACUCACGUGCGAAGGCGAAGUUUUCUUCGCGACGCACAGCAUUGAGAGUUACCUAGGCUUCCAUCAGUCGGACAUAGUCCACCAAUCAGUGUACGAGCUGGUCCACUCAGAAGACCGCGAGGAAUUGCAACGUCAAUUACUCUGGAACUCCUUCCUGCCUCCAGAAGUCAACAACCUUACCCUCCAAGAUGUACUGAGGCCAGAUAGAACUCACCUGCUCGAGAGAAGUUUCACUGUUCGAUUUAGAUGUUUAUUAGAUAACACUUCAGGUUUCUUGAGGCUAGACAUUCGGGGUCGAAUCAAAGUACUCCACGGCCAGAACAAGAAAACUGAGGAGCCUCCUUUAGCAUUGUUCGCAAUAUGUGCACCGUUUGGACCUCCAAGCCUGCUAGAAAUACCGCAGAAGGAGGUCAUGUUCAAGAGCAAACACAAGCUCGAUCUUUCUCUAGUCUCAAUGGAUCAAAGGGGUAAAAUGCUGCUAGGGUAUACAGAUGCAGAAUUAGCAAAUAUGGGUGGUUAUGAUCUAGUACAUUACGAUGACCUAGCUUACGUCGCUAGUGCUCAUCAAGAAUUAUUGAAAACAGGUGCUUCCGGUAUGAUCGCGUAUCGCUUCCAGACGAAGGAUGGUCAAUGGCAAUGGCUGCAGACCUCAUCACGACUCGUCUACAAGAACUCCAAGCCUGACUUCGUCAUUAGCACACACAGACCUCUAAUGGAGGAAGAAGGCAGAGAUUUAUUGGGCAAAAGAACAAUGGACUUCAAAGUCAGCUACCUAGAUACAGGUCUCACUAGCUUAUACUUCUCAGAAACGGAACAGCUAUCCGGCUGCGAAUCCAAUGUGACCACACCGCCUAGAGCUGCCAGGAGAUACAAGACUCAAUUAAGGGACUUUCUUUCAACUUGUCGAAACAAAAGACGAAUGCCAACUACGCCUGCUCCUCCGCCUGUAGAAUAUUUAGCAGCAGAUGCAGUUGCUGCUGCGUACACCAACCUAAAUGGAGCAUAUACAGCACCUUAUGGAGAAUAUCCCCCUGCACCAGCAUUACAUUAUGCUCCACCACCUCUAGAUGACAGAUUUCUAGCAGCCGACAACCUCUUCCAUCAGUAUAAACCUCUUUCUUACCAUUACACUCCUUACGCGCCCAAUGGCUUCCUGGAACCUGCCCCUCCACCUGGUUACGAAGUGGCUCCAACUUAUCAUAGGCCACCAUCUAGAGAAUACACUUAUGUAGAUAGUAGCGGAAGAUAUAUGAGCCCAGUUAUGGGGCAGGAUAGAAGGUCGCCUAGUAUCGUUCCCGGACCAAGUCCAGGGGGGUCUAGUGGGUCGACGGAACAGGAGAGAAUGCAGCAGACCCAACCUUCCGAGAUGCCGAGGCAGACGGUGCUGAUGGGGGGGGCCGGGGGAGCAGCUCAAGAGGUUCCAGUCGAAUACUCCCCGCCUCAGGUUUGGCGAUACCACCCAUCUCAUUACCACACCGCUGAAGCAACUCAGUGA